AUGUCCAUCGCGCCCAUUUCGCUCUGCCCGUGCCUCUUCUUCGAGUCCCAGGCCGAACAAGCCGCACGGUUCUACACGUCCAUCUUCCCUAAUUCCUCCAUUGAGACCAUCAACCACUUCACGGACAACGGGCAUGAGAUCCACAAGCAGCCGGUCGGUUCCGUUAUGAGUGUGCUUUUCACACUCAACGGCAUGCAAUGGCUUGCCCUCAACUCCAAGCCCAAGGACAUCCCGAUCAACGAGUCGGUCAGCUUCCAGAUCCUCUGCGAGGGCCAGGAGGACGUCGACUACUUUUGGGCCAAGCUGACCGAGGCCGGGGGGGACGGGGCCGAGGUAGACGAAUCGAAGCAGAUCUGCGGCUGGGUCAAGGACCGGUUCGGUGUGCACUGGCAGGUCGUGCCCAAGCUGCUCGCGGAUAUUAUGUGCUCGGCCGACGCGGAUAAAAUGAGCAGGGCCAUGCAGGUCGUGAUGAGGAUGAAGAAGAUUGUGAUCAAGGAUAUUCUCGAGGCCGUCGAGGCCAAGGCUUGA